AAAGAAGAAGAAGAAAACAACAACAACAACAACAACAACAACAACCCUCAUCAGUCGCGCGUGGUCAUGUUUCACGCGCACCCCGCGCGCGUGUUGGUGACAACAUGCACGAGUCAGCCAGUCACUCUGGCCCCUCGGCUAACCGGAUGCAGUUGUUUUGAAAUUACCAGCACACACACGCGCGCGCGCUCACGCACGUGCACAUGCGCUCGCCCACUGGUGUCGUUGAGUUUGCGGGUCCGUCGGCUCUCCGGUGAACAUGGCCGUUAACAGGACCUACAUCAGUGUCGCCUACGCCGCGGUCGGGCUGCUCUUCGGGGCUUCCGCCUUCCUGGUGUGGAACAUCGCGUUCGGGCAGCCGUGGACUGCAGCCAUGGGGGGGCUGUCGGGUGUGCUGGCUCUCUGGACCCUGAUCACUCACGUCAUGUACCUGCAGGACUACUGGAGGACCUGGCUGAAGGGCCUCAAGUUCUUCUUCUUCAUCGGGGUCUUCCUCUCUCUGGUGUCAGUCGUGGCCUUCGUCAGUUUCAUGUCUAUUGCCAUCGAGAACGAGGAGUCCCUGACGGACCCUCGCAGCCUCUACCUGUCCUGUGUGUGGAGCUUCAUGAGCCUGAAGUGGUCCUUCCUGCUCUCCUUGUCCGCUCACCGCUACCGCAAAGAGUUCGCCGACAUCAGCGUCCUCAGCGACUUCUGAGGGCGCUCGACGUCCCGCGGAGACCCCUCAGACUCUGGGGUCAGAGCCCGGAGUCCAGAAGGUGGUGAAGGACACUUCAAGGUGGUGAAGGACACUUCAAGGUGGUGAAGGACACUUCAAGGUGGUGAAGGAAACGGUUGUGGACGAGCACCCUGGUCCUGGUUACUUCUUUGCUCUUUUUUUAAAGUGUCUGCAGUUUGUUGCUGCAGACUCUUUACAGACAAACCCAGCCCUGUUUUUACAAGACGUUUGAUAGAUGUUCAUUUUCUCAGCACCCGACUCAGUCAUGCAUCUGCACAAUGACAUAAAUCCAAAAUAUGGUAAUGCUUUUCAAGAGUUUCUGUGCUUCCACACACUCUUCAGUGGUAAUUAUGCGUUGCAGUUCAUGCUCUAGCCCCUAGAGGGAGCCAUCCCUCCAACAGUUAAACAUGUACAGUACAAGACGUGUGCUCGACAUCCCGCUUUACAUCGUUGUGUUAUUUAAAUGAAUGAUGACAUGUUGCACACAUCGCAGUGCAUCGCUCCUCAUGGACAUCGUGUCACCCCAAAUCCUGCAGCAUCCUCAUGUAACAAGCACCGCAUGUCCCGGUUUUGAUGUGUCGGUGAACCAUGAAGGGGCAUUUUUUUGAAUGUAAAGAAUUAUUGUUGUAUUUGUAUCCGUGUGAGCCUCAAUCAAGGCUUUCAUUUGUGACUAGUGACGCCACUAUUGUGCAUGCAUGCCUCUUUACAUUGUCCUCAUCUGAACUAUUAAUCAUGCUUAUAUUGUUCACAUUAUUUUUGCUUUAUUUGCUUGUCUCUCCGUUCAUGUGAGAAAUGAAGAAUGAAUGAAUGCGUUUGAGACGUGUGUUAAUAAAACGUUUUAUUCA